AUGGGGUUUCGGGAACAUUCCCAGCCCAUCAUCAUAAAAACCACUCUCCCAGUAGUUUUGAUUGGGUUAGAGAAUAAAUCAGCCACAAGUCUCUGCAGCAGACGACGGCGAACCGAAACCUCAAGGCUCGCAGCUUGCUACCUCGCCUCAGCAACAGCCCUGGCAUUCUGCACACCCAGGCCGCUGAAAGACCCCAGCCCGCAUUCCUUAGGCCUCGAGUCCCUUGGCGCCCCCUUCGCUGAGACCAAGCAUAAGACGAACCGAAAGCAACUUGGCGGUGAGCCUCUCAGAACAUGGCUGCCCGCUGCUGCCUGGUGUCGGGGCUCCUGCGAGCCUGUCGGGCCUCCUCCCAGCGGCCCUCCACACCGACGAGGAAGACACCGUCCGUUCCCUGCUCCCCAGAGAGCCCACCUGUGCCCGCAGUGUGGCACCUCGGACAGACCCGCUCCAGCGGCCCCCCAGGCCUCGGCGGCGUUUGCAUCUACUCACGGGCCUCUCCUGCCCGCCAGUGCGGGGCUGUGUCUCCUCGAAGGGUCCAGAAGCUCCACUCUGCCUCGAGGCGUUCGCCAGCAGAUCCCGCCGAGCAGAAGCCACUUCUGUGUGGCUCUCGUUCAGCAUCCUGGCGACUGCCACUGGUGUCCCGACAGACAGGCUCCAUUUCUUAGGAACCAGGACCUUCCUCUUGGAGCUAAAUCUAUAGCUGGGGUCAGAGAACAGAAGGAGAAUCCAGAGGAAGACUUUGCGAAUACCUCCAGCCAAAAUGAUGAGCCAGCAGAAUCUUGAUGUACUUCUGGAUGUGACUGGAUAUAGUAAAUGAAGUUACUAAUCAGUUACUUCAAUUUUGCACCAGAGUUAUUUUAAGUUAAGAUAAUGCUAAAGAAUAAUAAGUGUAUGGGGGUGCCUGUGUGGCCCAGUCGGUUGAGUAACCGACUUUGGCUCAGGUCACGAUCUUGCAGUUUGUGAAUUUGAGCCCCAUAUCGGGGUCUGUGCUGACUGCUCAGAGCCUGGAGUCUGCUUCUGAUUCUGUGUCUUCCUCUCUCUGCCCUUUCCCCGCUCAUACUCUGUUUCUCUCUGUCUCUCAAAAAUGAAUAAAUGUUAAAAAAAUAAAAAAAGAAUAAUAAAUGUAGGUACUUUUGCUUUCCAUAUGCACCUGUUUUAUUUAAGUGGUAUUUUUGUUUAAAAUGCAAAAUUAUCAGUUGUCUCUGUUUACCUUAAUAAUAUUUAAAUAUCUGUGAGUUUUGGGUUUUUGUCUCUAGAUAACAUCAAAAUUACCCUACAACAUUAAUCUUUUAUAUUGAAAUAUUGAGCAUUAUCUGGUUAUGUUUUAAUACCCUUGUUUAUUCAUCAAGUUACUAGAUCAAAAAGUUAAUGUUGUAUGUGCAAAGCUCAUACAAAUUGAUAAGAAAAAUACUUUGGCAAUGUAAGAAAAAGCAAGUGUGAUAGAAAAUUCACAAGAGAUUUUAAAAUAUUAAAAACGGAAAAUAUAUUUCAACCUCAUUUAUAAUUACUUGAACCGUAUUAAAUUGCCAUUCUUGUGUAUCAAAAUCAGUCUAUAUUGAUAAUUUGGUAUUUUUUAAACUAGUAAUGUAAGAAGUUAAAAUGAAAUAGAAAUUUUAUUUGGUGUUUUAAAUUACCAAAUAUAAAAAAUAACAUAACUAAUGCUGAUAAGGACAGGAAGUGUAUUGUACUGAACAAUAUAAUCAUAGUAAAUACAAACAACAUUAUUUUCCUGAAAGGAAAUUUGUUACCUUAUACCAGCAAAUCAAAAAUAAUUAUUUAGACAGAGAACAAGACCGAAUAUGGUAUGUAUAUGAACAUGGUUUGUAUAGGAUGAUAGCCGGAUUCAAAUCUUCGGUUGGCCAUUUAUUUUCUGUUUAUCUUGUCUAGGUUUCUUAACCUCUAUAUGCUUCCAUUUUCUCAUCUGUAAAGAAGAAAUAAUUGUGGAAUUAAAUAUGAAUAUGAAAAAAGCACAGUGUCUAACAUAUAAUAAGUGAUAAAUUAUGGCAACAUUCUAAAUGAGUAGCAAGAAAAGAAUAAAUCAGAGUUCUUACACUAAAUGAAGUAAUAAACAGCCCUCUGUACUUAAAUCAUGACAUAUUUCUAAAGAAUCAGAAUAAUCCUUUAUAUGAAGUGCAGUUAAAGCAUGAUUAUAUGUAGCACAUAUAAUAUGAUUUCAAUAUGGAAAUCUUCUAAAAAUUAAUAGUGGUUUAAAAAGGCUCAAAAAUUUCAACUUGAUUCAGAUCACUUUGAAAUGCUACAAAAAUAUUCAUAUACCAAAAAUUCUUUAGAUGUACUAGAAAGACAAAAAAAGUUGAAGUCAUAACUAGAAGAAACUCUAGUGAAUGUUUGUAACGUAGUGAUAUAUUAGUCUGGGUUCUCCAGAGAAACAAAACCAACAGGAGCUAUAUAUAUCUGUUAUAUUUGUUGAAUUAUUAUAAGGAAUGGACUCACAUGCUUAUGGAGGCCCAAAAGUCCUAAGAUCUGAAGUCAGCAAGCUGAAGAACCAAUGGUAUUGAUACCAGUCUGGGUCUGAAGGCCUGAGAACCAGGAAAACUGAUGGUAUAAGACUUGGUCCAGGUUGUUGUUAGAGACUGGCAAGGCUGUAAGAGAAAAGGAAAAGCUGUGCUCCUGGUAUGUAAUGUACAUCUUUUCCAUAGGAAUAGCAUGGACUAAAAUAUUUUUAAAACCUUAGAUCUCGAGUCCUAUUAAUUAGUGUGUAUGUUUCACUUAGGAAAAUUACCUAACAGUGUUGUGAAGUGUUAGAUUUUGAAGGAAACAAGCCAUGAUUUAUAGGAAAACAUCACCUAAAGUCUGCUGAAUUUAGAUUAUCUGGCAUUUCAAUUUGUUUUUUACCCUGUUCUCAAGGUUACCAUAUUUAGUUACUGGUCAUAAAUCAGAUUCAUAAGGCAAUCUGUUAUUCUUAUUACAUAGUGGGUGAGGUUUUUCUACCAUUUUUUUCUUACAUUGUUUCAAUAAAGAAGUACACACUGAAAUAAUUUAUUAACAAUACAGCUUCCGUUAUGCAGGGUUAAUUUAUAUGAACAAGUUUAACACUGUUUAUUAGCAUAAUUGCUUAUUUUAGAGGCAAAUGAGCAAUUAGUAUUAAUGUAUUAACAGUAGUGUCUUAGGGAGAUUAGGGCUGCUAUACCAAAAUACUAUAGACUGGGUGGCUUAUACAUAGCAGAAAUUUAUUGCUUACCAUUCUGGAGGUGGAAAGUCUAAGAUCAAGGUGCUGGCAUGGUCAGAUUCUAGGGAGUACUUUCUUACAGGUUGCAGAUUGCUGACUUCUCUUUGUUUCUUUACAUGGUGGAAGUUGGUGAGAGAAUUCUCUCAGACCUCUUUUAUAAGGCCAUGGUUAUCAUUUAUGAGGUUUCUAACUUCAUGAUUUAAUCACCUCCUAAAGGCUCCAUCCCCCAGUGCCAUCAUCUUGGGAAUUAGGAUUUCAACAUAUAAAUUUGGGAGAAACAAAUACUCAAUAUAAAGUUUGUUAAUGUGUUCUUACAUAAUUAUCUAAAUGAAUUGUUCUUGAAUGUACAGCCAUACAUAUAGGUAUACACAGAAUCAUCUGUUGUGGUAGGCAAGUGUGAAAAAUUAAAAAAAAAAAACUAAUACUUAUUGUAGAUACAUUUUUUAACAUUUAAAGCAUUUUUCAUUUACAACAAUGAAAUCUUUGGCUUACUACUAAAGCUAAGGCUACCUUAGAAAACACAACUUGUGGAUAUUUAACUUGUGGUAAAGUCUCUAAUUUGUGGUAAAAAUGUAUAAAAUCAACGAGAUGCCUGGGUGGCUCAGUUGGUUAAGUCUCUGACUUUGGCCCAGGUCAUGAUCUCAUGAUUCACAAGUUCAAGCCCUGAUCUGUUGUUGACAGCUCUGAGUCUGGAGCCUGCUUCACAUUCUGUAUCUCCCGUUUUCUCUACCCUACCCCCCUCAAAAAUAAGUAAACAUUAGAAAAAAAAAUAACAUAUUUUUGAGGUGUCAGUUUAUUUUACAAUUCAGAAUAUACUAGUCUGUAGAAACCAACCAUAUAUAAAUGAAUUUAGUGGGGUUAUUUAACCAUUUUAAAGUCAAUUUCGAGUAGUAUGGAACUGGGCACUGUGGAAGAAUAUAAUAUGGAGUUAUUUGUACUUUUUCAUCAUUUCUACAUCAUCAUAUGCAUUUAAACAUAUAGAAUGCAUAAGACACAUUGACCUAAUGCGUAGUAGUGCUUCAAAUAAAAUAAUUGAGCAGAAUUUGGACCUUACUUAGCUCCAACCUUUACCCAGGAAUACGUGAUUGAUCAUAUGAUAGGGCUGACUGUCCACCAGAAGUCUGUCCACCCUGCCAUCAUACAGUGCUGUUACUGGAUAGCUGUUCAUGUUCUAUCUCUCUUGUACUUAGAAAUUUUCAUGUGCCUGAGUUAUAGUGAAUGGAAUAGAAACAGUGGUAAUGUGCAUCAGUUAUGGCUCUGGAAAAAUAAAAUCCUUUUCAUUCUGCAAUGGUCUUUCUCUUUCUGACCAACUUCAGUGUACCCUGUAGGUUAAUCUUGAAAUCUGUGCAUUGAAGAUGGCAGUCUGUCAACAUAGAUGCCUGAAUUAAAGCAUGGAUGUGGGUAGUCCAAGACCUGGUUAUUUUCCCAGUAAGGUUUUAUUAGAAAUAAUGAAUUUGUGUGUACAUGUGUGGGGUGUUAAGCCACUGAAAUUCAGUGACUACACAGAUUCUGCUUAUAUUUUGCAAGCCUCAAUUAGACAACAUUUACUGCUGUUAAUUGUUUAAAAUGUUGAAAGGAUUGAGCAAAAGAUUUAUGCAUUAUAACUACUUCUAAUGGAGUCUGUAUGUACAUGUGCUCAUGUCUGCCCAUGAACACUUGAUACGGAGUUAUUCCAAUUACCACCAAAUCUGAUUAAGAAAAAAAGUUAAUUCUAAUCCCCGGGUACAUCUACUAUAGAAGAUCUCAGGUCUUUAGGGAGAGUCAGGCUGUGGCCAGAUAAUUAAACAGAUAACUACCUAGAAUCUUAAUUGCUAUAAUAUAUUACACCAUAAUAAGUGCUGGAAAUACAAGUGAGAUCUCAUCUCUGCUCUAAAUAUGGGAAAAAUGAAUACUAUGUGGGAGAGUAUAAAUGACAUGGGAACUAAAAUAUGGUGAAUAGUAUUGUGGAUAGUAAAGCGAAAGUUUUUUCAUAAAGGGAGAUUAGAACAAGGAAAGUUAAGGAGACAAGUUUGCCUUAUGUUUAGAGAACACUACUUGAAUGCAUUUGCAAACAUAAGGAAGUCAGACAAGGCCAAGUUUGAAAGAAUAAUCCAGUGAAGUAUGGAGAACUUUCUCAAAGAAAGAAAGAAAGAAAGAAAGAAAGAAA